AUGAUGCAAAAAGCCAACCACCAAAAGUCCUCUAUUCUCGGACUUGUUUGGGUGGAAAUUUUAAUCAUGAUGCAACAAUUAUUUCAAUUCAUAACGUUUCCAUUGUUGAAUGCAUUCAAUUACUUGUACAUAAAAGAACAUUAUAUUAAUUUAUCAAACUCAGACCAUAUCCGAGAGUCAACACAUCACAAAAGACGACUAAAAAUUGUUCAUUUAACUGAUUUUCAUUUUGAUUAUAGGAUACCUGCUGGUAGCCAAGAUAACAAAAACUUAAAUGAUGACCACUUUUCGUUAUUUGAAAAAUUUAACGCUUGGUGGAGAUGGUUACGAAGAAAUAUUCGAUAUCAUAGGAUCAGCCACUCACAAUUGAAUGAAAUACUAUUAGAAAUUGAAAAUAUUCAGAAUAUUGACUUGAUUGUCAUAACUGGUGAUAUAUUUGAAGAUUUUUCAAAUAUUGAUAUAGAUUGGAUGAUUGAGAAUUUUCUGUCAAAGCUUAACAAUUAUUGCUCUCUCGGAGUCUAUGCAGUAUUGGGAAAUCAUGACGAGAGACAUUGCUCUGAAAAAGACAGGGACGUUCUCAUUAAAAAGCUAAGCACUGCUAUCACAGUUUUGGAUGCUCACUCUGAAUUCACAAAGCACAAGUUCUUUACGACUAUUACAAAAGCUACAGAAGAUGCAUCUUUUGAUAUUGAAAUUUAUGGAUUUCUUGAUUUUUACAACACCCACUUUUGGGAAAAUUAUCACAAAAUUGUGAAACACCUCAAUGAAAAUCCUGUAAAAGAGAACACUUUACGAUUUCUAUUGAGCCACAACCCGGACACAAUUGCUUGGAUAAAGAAUGAUAUAUUUCAUUUUGAUAUGAUCUUCAGUGGUCAUACACAUGGAGGACAAGUAUGCUGCCCCAUACCUUCCUUGAUUUUGAAAAAUGUUUUAGCUCUCUUUUGGAGGAUAUACAUUAAGGAUGUGUCAUUUGAUCAUUUCUUGCAAAUUCACUUUUCUUUUGAACAGGUCCACCAGAUGAAUGAGGGAGUCUUUACUUACAUUCCAAUAAUUCCAAUAAUCAUUUAUUUGUACAAGAAGGCAACGCUAUGGACUUUUGUGAGGCACAAGAUCAGCAAACUGAAAAUAGUACAGAGAAUACUAAAUGUAUGCAAAUACUGGGAGUGGGGUACUGGUUUAUUUGAAUUGAAGUGGCAAGAUGACUCUACCCUUAUCGAUCGAGUGUUUCACCACCACCAAAGAGUUUCAUCUCUUCAACAAGAGAUCAAUAUUGCUUCCAGUGAAGAUGAAAAUUUUAUCAAGCUCAUCUUCCGUACUUACAAAAUUGACAGAAAGCAAUUUGUACAUACUUCCAGCGGAUUAGGCACUCAUUAUCCCAUGCGAUUAUUCUGUCCUCCAGAAAUCUCAAUUCUCAACCUCAGUUUUUAG